GUUUUUCCCCAAAAAACUUGGUUCUGUGAUACCAAUCUCUACCCUUUGCGUCUAUAUAUAUCCGAUCUCUAUCUUGUUCUGCUUCAUCAAACACAUUUUACCUGAUUUCAACAAAAAAAACACACACCGCUUUAUUUUAAGGAUAUCUUAUCAUGAGUUCAACAUCAAAAGCAUGGUUAGUAGCCGGUACCGUUGGAUUGGUGGAGGCACUAAAAGAUCAAGGGUUCGCACGGUGGAACUACACCAUCAGAGCCCUACACCACCACGCUAAGUCCAAUCUCCGGUCAGUCACCCAAACAAAGAAGUUGUCUUCGCCGGCUGCCAUGGCUUCAAGCAAAGGCAUUGAACAAUCAGAAGAGUCGUUAAGAAAAGUCAUGUACUUAAGUUGUUGGGGUCCCAAUUGAUUAUUUUGCUUUUGUUUUAUAUGAGGUUAGGUGUAUAUGUAAAUUAUACUAUUGAUACACAUGAUGUACAACCUUCUUAUUAAUCAAAAGCAAUAAUUUUGAUUAUCAA